UGAUUCCGCAAAUGUCCGAGCCGCGUCUGAGCGAGCAGCCAUAAUUGGGAUUAUUCGGGAAUAAUUCGGCCAAUCUAGCUCCUUCUUCCUCUUCCUCUUCUUCUUCUCCUGGCCUGCCCCCCCCCCCCCAAUGUUUUUUAUUUGUUUGUUUUUUUGCCCCCACCGGCAAGCUUCGUCAUUUCGACAUCGCCGGCGCUGUGAAUCUGGUUGCUUUUGACAGUGUCAUGGAGGAUUUUCUUUUUUAUUCCAAUCGGACUCUUCCCUCGCAGUCGUCCACCUUCGCUGGACAGCAAGACAAAGGCUGCAUUUGAACUGUUGCGAGGAAACCCAUCGUUCUUUUUUUCCCCUUCGUCCCCCCACUGAAAGAUGGAGAAAGAGAUUUAUGGAGGCGCUCGUAUGUGUGGACUGAUUGUUAAGGUGCCAGUCGCCGAAAUCCACGUCAAGACCAUUCCGAGGGGCCCCGCGGCCGUUUUCCGCCUUCUGUGGGUGGCUUUUUUAUCCUAAGCAUUGAAAAUCUGACAUCAUUUGGAUAAAUGAACGCAACAAGAUCUUUUUUUCCUCCUCCCCGUUCGUCCUCUGGAGAGCCACCUUCGACGUGAUGCAGCACGGACUCUGUUUACACGACUGAUGCUCAAAACCAAACGCGUGGAUAUAUGUCUGGUUUUUAUUUUUGGUUUGUUUUUGUUCUUUGCCAUCGCGUUAAAUGAGGGCUCAUCAUCUUCAUCAUUUUCGGCUUGUCUGAUCAGAUGCUGAGUCUUCCGUUGGGUGGAGUGGGGUGUCUCGUGUUGAUCAUAUGUUCCCCGAUUGUCCCUUUGGAUGGAUUUAUGCAUAACAGGUGUUGUGCACAACACGAGCAUGAGGCUUCAUUGUGUGCUCUUCUUUUGCUCUCCGUACAAGCGACGGUGAGACAAAGCGACGGCUUGUUUUUUUUUCUCCAGUUUUUGUUUUUCAAAAGGAAGUAAUGAAAGGUGGCGAUCUUGUGGACAAACGAGGCGGGAUGACGUGUAGAAAAGGCCGCUCCUUGUAAAGCAAACGACGGCUGUAAGAGGAUCAGUGGAGCUUAUAGGCAGGCAGGCAGGAAGGCACGCCCGUGCGCAGGCAGGAGGCCGACAGAAUGGCCAACCAGAGCUUCGCCAUGGACGGGCCCGGCAGCUUGCUGGCCGGGCUGGCCUCGCAAAGUGGCCCAGCCCGAGGAGGAAGCAGCAGCGCAGGCGGCGGCGGCGGCGGUGGCGCCGGAGGAGCACUCUCGGCCGCAGACGUGUCGGCGUAUUUCAAGCUGGUCUUCUUGGGCUUGAUCAUCUGCAUCAGUCUGGCGGGCAACCUCUUGGUCUCUCUGCUGGUCCUCCGAGACCGGACGCUUCACAAGGCGCCGUAUUUCUUCUUGCUAGAUCUGUGCCUGGCCGACGCAGUGCGCUCGGCCGCCUGCUUCCCCUUCGUGCUGGUGUCGGUGCACAACAGCUCGGCGUGGACUUACAGCGCCUUGAGCUGCAAAGUGGUGGCGUUCAUGGCCGUGCUCUUUUGUUUCCACGCUGCCUUCAUGCUCUUCUGUGUGGCUGUCACCCGCUACCUUGCCAUCGCCCACCAUAGGUUCUACGCCAAGCGCAUGACGAUCUGGACCUGCGCCGCCAUCAUUUGCAUGGUGUGGACCUUGGCGGUGGCCAUGGCCUUCCCGCCCGUCUUCGACGUGGGCACCUACAAGUUCAUCCGGGACGAGGAUCAAUGCAUUUUUGAACACCGCUACCUGAAGACCAACGACACCCUGGGCUUCAUGCUCAUGCUGGCCGUGGUGGUCUUGGCCACGCACGGCUUCUACGCCAAAUUGCUGCUGUUCGAGUACAGGCACCGCAAGAUGAAGCCGGUCCAGCUGGUGCCGGCCAUCAGCCAGAACUGGACCUUCCACGGUCCCGGCGCCACCGGUCAAGCGGCUGCGAACUGGAUCGCGGGGUUCGGCCGGGGCCCCAUGCCGCCCACUCUGCUGGGUAUCAGGCAAAAUCUCCACAAUCAACACCGGCGGCUGCUGGGGAUGGACGAGGUGAGGUCUGAGAGGAGGCUCGGUCGCAUGUUCUACACCAUCACCUUGCUCUUCCUGGUGCUUUGGGCUCCCUACAUCGUCGCGUGCUUCUGGAGGGUGUUCGUCAAGUCGUGCAGCAUCCCUCACAAGUACCUCUCCAUCACCGUGUGGAUGAGCUUCGCCCAGGCCGGAGUCAACCCCAUCUUCUGUCUGCUGCUCAACGAAGAUCUGAGAAAAGUGCUGCGAGCCCAUCUGCCCACCUACUGGAGGACUAAACAACACCUGCCCCAGGAUGAGGCCUACUGCAUCAUGUGAGGGGGGGUUGAGAGGAACCUUCGCCUGGAGAGCCAACCAGCGCAGGCACAGUGCCAUUUCAAAAAAGAAUGUCGGUAUUUGUGCCAGAGGUUUUUGGAUGGGGCGCAAGAAACCAGCUCACCCACACUUGAAUGGUUUGUAUUCCUCGUGAUGGAUUAAUAGGUAAACUCGGCCCGGAAAAGUGAGACGGGUGCCAUUUUUUAAUAUCAUGUUGCCUUAUAUCAGAGCGACACACAUCAGCGUCUGUGCCACUCGAGGCACAAAACAGCAUUAGAAUGACACGAUAAAAUGUUAUGAUAGGAAAGUUACAGACUUGAAAGGCAUCAGAAAGAAGUGGACGAGUUUGAAGGAUGGAACGACCACCCGGGACUCCGUUUCGUGCUCAUUGAAGGAGACUAUUUGAUAUUGAAGAGACCCUUUUCUUAGCGGUGAACAACCCGAACAUGCUUGAGUUAUUUGGACUUCAUU